AUGGCUACGAGGACGAGGUACUACGGGGUGUACGUCGGUGUCAUCGCGCUGCUGGCCUUCCACGUGGAGAAAGAACCACUCUUUGAAUUUUUCAUGUCACUUCAGAUAGUACGAAAUUUUUCACGAGAAUCCACUUUUAUAUUUCAACUUAAGCACUAUUACACUUUCACGGUACACAAGCAACCUGGGCACUCGAAAAAAACAAUUACACACCGUAAAAGAAUUGUUUCUAUUUUAGACAGCGCCGUACCAACCUUUUAUUUAAAUGGGUUGCGUCCAAUUAUUCAAUGGCUUAAACCGAAAGUAAACGAUUAUGAUACAGGGUACGCCGUGAAGUGUUACAGUUGCUCAUCGAAGAACCUCGAAGCCUGCAUAAAACCGGACGACAACGAGUACACCCCUGUGCAUUGCGACAUCACCAGACUGGAAGAGAUGAAGAAUAACUCCAAGUACAUCCACAAGGAGUAUGAGAAGAUCUUCGACGUGGAUACGCAGCACCUCGUAGGGGUGGAUUUGGUCUGUCUCAAGGUGGUGGUGCAAGAGGGAAACAAGAAGUACGUGCUGCGAGGUUGCCAGCUGGGGCUCCACAGCAACCUGGACAUCUGCAAGAAAGUCGCCGAAACGAGCACUGGCAUGUACAAGAUGAUCCACUGUUCCAAAUGUAACAAGGACGGUUGCAACUCCUCGUUGAAGUCAUUCCAAUUCAACGCAGCCUUAACUCUGAUUUGCCUUGUCUUCUACCAAGCCGUUUCUGGGCUUUAGUUUAGCGCAAAUGAAAAAAUAAACACGACCGCGGGUUAUGACGAUUAGCAGAUAUUUCACUUUGGUCCCAGUUCGUCCCAACCUAAACCUUAUAGCAUAAUUUUUUUAGUGUCACAGUGUCACGCCUACAUUUUAUCUACGUUAGAAAAUGAAAAUAGGUUAAAAAUAUUGACUUUUAGCAUUUAAACCACAAAAAUGCAAAGUAUUUUAAUUCGUCCCUCCAUUUAUAAACAUUUUAUAUAGAGAGUGCUUUGUAAAGGAUGGGCAAUACCGUAAUGGGGGGUUUUUGGAGUCAAAAUAGACAGGUCUAACCCAGCACCUUUCCUUAGUGCAAAAAUUAAUAAUAACGAACAUACAGGGAGUCAAAGAUGAACAAAAAAUCACAUGGUAGAUACAGGAACAAAUUUGGUCAAAGAAUUAAAUCAAGAAAAACAAUUUUAAAAAAGAAUAAGAAGAGUAGGUACCUAAGAAAAUAUUACCACGUGUUGAUGCACAUGACUAUUGGUACCAACUUUUUAAUGUUCAUGUUUGAGUAAAUGUUCGAAGUGAUUACCCUUCACUUCAAUUAAUUUUCUACAUCGUUUUAAAAAAAUUCUCCUGGCGAAAAGUUAGGAUGGAUAUUUCGAACAAUGGCACUCUUUUACCAUAACAUAUUCCUAGUAUUAAUUCAACCCCUGUAUUUACAAGGUGUUGAUGUAGCCCCAAAAGUAAAAAUCAAUAGGAUUCAAACCCUCGCCAUGAGCUGGCCAUGAAUUGUCGCCACCUCGUCUAUACCAUCAGUUGGAAAAUCAGUAUUCAGGCGAUUGAGAACUUCGGGGCCCUAUUCAGUGGUACAUCUUCCAAUAACUCGAAUAAAUCGUUACCUACCAAGAAAGUUCAAAUUAUGUUCUGCGUUAAGUCUCUCAGGAAGUCCAAUAGGGCCAAUUAAAUGGUUGUCAAGUAUCCCGAAGCAAAUGUUCAUCUUAAGGUUCUGUUGAAAAUGCCGAAUUCAAGUUUCAUUUGAAUUUUUAACAUUGAAUGCACCUUUUCUGGUGAAAGUUGCCUCAUCCGCAAACAAAACCUUUGAAGCGAAAUCUGGAUCUUAAAGAUUUAUCACAUUUCCACAAAAAUGUGCUCGUGGUAUAAAGUCAUGUUGUAAUAAAUUUUGUAUUGGGCUAAAGCGAAACGGAUAAAACUGUUCUUCAUAUGGAACAGAAUAUGUAGCCUUACUCCAACAUUUCGUGUUAUUGGGCGGAUACUUAUGUUUGGGUUUUGCUCAAUCGUAACU